AUGUCAAGUUUUUCCCAAUCAAGUGUUUCUUCCCAAAAUUCUCGAGGAACCAAAAGGAAAUGGGUUCCAGAAGAAGAUGUUGUGUUGGUUGCUUGUAUGGUCGACUUGCACAAUGCCGGAACCUUUAAUACGGAUACAGGAUUCAAAGCCGGCUAUUUAAAUGAGUUAGAAAAAAUGUUAGAAAAAGUUUUACCCAAUGCCAUGUUGAAGGCUAAACCUAAUCUUGAAUCGAGGAUUAGGACGUUAAAAAGGGAAUGGUCAAUCGUUUAUGACAUGCUUAGUGGAAAAAACAAUAGCGGCUUUGGUUGGGAUGAGCAUAGGCAGCAUGUUGUUGCUGAAGAUACGAGUCAUAAAGAAGCAGCUCAAUUCAGACAUCGGAGUUGCCCUUAUUAUGACCAACUUACUGCCAUCUACUCAAAAGAUCGAGCCACUGGAAAAGAUGCUCAAAUAGCUGCUGAUAUUAUUGAAGAAAUAAAUGCUGAGGAUGAAACUGCUACAAAUACUCUUGAAGAAAGAAACGAUUUCCAUGGAUCCGAAACUGAUGUUUCUUUGGAUGACAUGGAUCUUUCAGCUACACAACUGCAACCAGAACUGCAACCAGCUAAAAACCAAGGUUUAACUGAGGAUGAACACUAUCGAGCAUUGAGCAAAAUUCCAGAUCAUCCAACGCAAAUGCUCAUUUUCUUUAGUUUACCUUCUGCUGUGCGAUUGGAAUAG